AUGUCACACACUUCUCCAGCGGUGGUAAUAGACAAUGGAUCCUACACAACCAAGGCAGGAUUCGCGCUGGACGACCUACCUUCACUCGUUUUCAACUCAAAUUACAUAGUCGACAGUGUAACUAACAAAGUCAUUAUUGGAGACGAUGAGAUGGAAAAAUACAGUCAGAAUCCAGUAUCGACAUUGCUUGAAGAUGGAUUGUUAUAUAAUUUUGACAACAUAGCGCACAACUGGCGCUAUGUAUAUGACAAUAUUGAUAAUCAUAAUGCGAUAAAUUCAAACGAGUAUCCGUUGGUUAUGACUGAACAGUCUUGGAAUACCAUGAAGUCCAAAGUUAAAACCUGUCAGAUUGUGUUUGAGGAAUUUGAAGUGCCAUUAUUCAGUCUUGUCAAGAACCCAUUGAGUCAAUUGUACCGAUGCGGCAAAUCAACAGGGUUGGUUAUUGACGUUGGAUCGGGUGUUGCCAGCGUGACACCUAUUUUGGAUGGAGUUAUACAAAACAAGAGCUCAUUCCACUCCAAAUAUGCUGGUGACUACAUCAACUUGCACAUCCUAAACUACUUGGAGGGAAAAGUGCUGUCUAUUGACGAGUUAUUACCUGCUUCUUAUAGAACCGCCUCAGAGUCAUUCAAGUCGUACUACAUGUCAACACACGUCUUACAGGAGUACAAGAACCUAUCGCUAAACUACCAAGUAUCCAAUCUCGAAAUUUACGAUCACAAAUUCCUAGAUGUCAGCGAUCAACGAAAUUUUUUGGAAAACUUGUUUGAUCCACAUUUGAACAAGUUGCCCAACUUGAACUUGCCCGAACCUUCACUUGAUGUACCUGCCUCACAAGGGCUAACAAAUUUGGUGUUUAUGGCAAUAAGAAGUCUUGAAAGAACAUUGAUGCCUAACAACGAUGACCCAAAUUCACAAUCACAGAACCGAUUUGCUAGAUUUAUGGAAACUUUUAAACAAUUAUUGUCGAAUGUCUUGAUCACUGGUGGUACAUCUUUAGCUAGCGAGUUGUCCGACCAUGUGAUAAAUGACAUUAGGGCAUUGAUGCAAAAGUAUUUCCCAAACUAUCCGUUUUCAUACCACGUGCAACAAAUUAGACCAACUUUGAACAACGAUAACGCUGAUGUUUGGGACAAGCAAUUUGGAAGCUGGUUGGGUGCUUGCAACUUAGCCAGUAUGUUGAAUGAAAGUGAUGAGAAUUCAAGUAGUGCAAAGAUUGCAUUGGACAAUUGGUUUAUUUCUAAAGCUGAUUAUGAAGAGUUAGGAGAAGAUUUAAUUCUUGAAAAGUUCAAGUAA